CCUGUUCUUAACGGAGGAAAGUUAGAUCUCUUGUUACUAGCUCUACUAAAAAUAAAUUAAAAUAAAAUAAAAUAAAAUCUCUUUCAGAUUUCAGUUUAAUCCUAUGAAUUUAAGGUUUGAUCACAGAAGGCCUUGCUACAUUUAAGCAGUUCAGAGCUUUGGGAAACAAAGUGAUGCUAAACAAUGUAUCUCUGUAGAUAAUGUGUCCACUUUAUAGGUAAAUAAAAUACAUUGCGGAUAUAGCUCCAAUAAGUUUCUAGACAGAAAAGUAGAUCAAUAGAUUAAAGCUAAUAUGAUUGCAAGUAUAUAUGAGAAAUAUCGUUGUCAAAGUGUAUGUACAAGCCGAGAAAGAACUUUAGACAUCUCAGUACGUAUUCAAUUAUCCACAGAAACCAGAAGAAAAUAGCUGACAAGCAAGAAUCUCAAAGAGUAAAAGGUAAACGGGUGUUUAAAUUCAUAUGAAUCUGAGAUUACAUACAGUGUUUCCAGUUUCUGGUUUUGUUUUUGUUUGUCGCAUGUGGACACACCUUUCUGGAAAAGUCUAAGCAAGAAUCUGGUUCGGUUUGGUCAGAUUUAAGAAUGUUGAUUUCCCAGGGGCAAAAACCAACCCAAACCCCAUGUAUAUUUCUAGCGUCGAAAUAAUAUGCAUUUCCUAGAUCUAUGUUGUACAAUUGCUAUUGUUUCCACAGGUAGAGAAUUUCUUUCCUCCUUUCAUUCUGGGCGAGUGUUUAAAUAUCUGCACGUUUUGUUUACUUGUUUUGUAUACUGCCACCAAGUGACAGAAACUUGCAAACCAGAAAUUUUGCAAUUUGGUGCCUUUUUGUGGGGGUGGGGAGGUGGGGUGAGGUGGGGAGGAGUGGGCAAAAUACCCUUACUUGACUACUUGCAAAAUGCUGGACUACAAUAAAGGCCGGAUUUGCAAGGAAGUUUUAGUACCUUAAAAGAGUCAGCAAUGUCUCUCGCCCCACCUCCCCUGGAACGUCCAUAAACGGCCCCCUAUUAAGGUAUUAGCUGAACAGUACUUCAAAAAGUUUGGCCUCUAAAACCUAUUUGAAAUUCCUCCGAUGCACUUUAUACCCAUUCACUAGAAGUUUUCUUUUUUUCUUUCUUUUUUUAAAGCCCCUUUCGUUCCGUAUUCCCGUGUUUUAAAUCAUUCCAAUGUACGUGAACUCAUAAAAAUAGAUAAGGCAUGUCAACUUGGGAACGAUAUUUCCCCUCUUGAAAAUAUGAGUGUAUUUAAGCAAAUCCUGGAAUAUUAAAUUGUAGCUCGAUUAAAGACAAUGUAAAUGUAUAAAUUCAACAAAGUGCACAGAGGUUGUCUCCAAAUAUAUAGUUUAAUUCUGUCUAAGUGAUCGCCUCUGAAAAAGCAUCAUUAAGGCAACUAAUAUUGUUUCCUGAAUUAUUAUUUUUUACUUGCGACCUAAGAUUAAAUUUCUGCUUUAGAAUCUGCGAACAAUAAAAUAUAAAGCUGCCUAUAGUUAAUGACAACAAUUUUUCAUUGUUGAGUUAUCCUUCCAGAACGCAAUAAAAUGGUAUUCCUUUUAUUUUUAAUCCUUACACUGAGCAUAAAUAGUUGUGUAUCUAUAUUCCUCUAUCUACAGAUAUAGAUACUCUUAAUAAUUUUAGCUACUAACCAUUGCCCGCGUCAACUCAGUGACGUCAUAAAUGCAGCUAUCUUGAAUGUAAGAAAAAGAAAAAAAGAAAAAAAAACCACCCAAAACAUGAUAGUAGGGAAUAUUUUCACGCAGCCAGACAGAAUAACCAAGCUAAACCAUAGUUCUCUGAAAUGCACAGGGUGUCAGGAGUUUGCAGUGGUACCUGGUUUUAACAUGUAAGGCAUGACAUACAUGCGAUGCAGUCUGAUGCACUCAUUCGUCAAACUAGAUAGUGGCUGAGAAAUAAAUUUUCCUUGAUCAAAUGGAAUAUGAAACUAUUGUCCGUACUUUUGUAAAAGAGAUUAUAAGGGAUUUUUUUUUUUUUUUGGCAAUUACACAAUGUAACCCUCAAUUAUUUUACACAUAUCAACAUUUUGGGGUUUCCCCAGCACUGAGAAUGAAUUUGUUAAUCUCUAAAGUGCCACAAGUCCUCCUUUUCUCUUUAUUCAUAAGUGCAUUUAAUUAGCAAACAUUUGACGUAAUGUUACAUUGAAAAUUGGAUUAUAUCCAUGCAUUACUCAUCAUUACAUAGCAUGUGAAGGUGCUGACGCUAAGUUUAGCAGCAACAUUGUUACUUGGCAAUUUAAGACAAAGAGAAGUUCCAUUUCUGCGGAGAGGUUUCGAUUCUGGCUUCUUGUGUUGGGGUGCUUUGGGUCAUCAAUAAAUCUGGUAAGGCAAAAAUAAAUAAAUCCACAUAUUAGAAAUUGUAAUUCAGGCAUAAUAACCGUCGAUUUCAGUUGCAAUAAGAAUUCAAAUGAACAUAAACAAACGCUCAACAAUGUUAGAAAGAACUUCAAACCUUGGUAGAAAAAGGGAAUAAAUUAAAUAGUGCAAUAGAUUAAUUUAUCUUCUCUCACAGCCACCCCCACCCCCAUCUCCCAGUUUCCUGUUUAUGAGAUAUGUGUUUUGACAGUUUCCAGAAUUCUGUCUUCUUUUUUUUUCUUCUGGAAAUGCAUGCAGUGAUUACAGAAUGGCGGUUGCAAACCUGAGAAAACUAUGCUCCCAUGUUAUUUUAGAACUAUUAUUUUUCAGUUUUGAAACUAAAGGCUAAAUGUUUUCACAUUCAACUUUCUGUGUGUGGUGAGGAUGAGGCGUCAGGCAGAAUCUUUCUUUCUUUCUUUCUUUCUUUCUUUCUUUCUUUCUUUCUUUCUUUCUUUCUUUCUUUCUUUCUUUUAAAAUAACAGUACAUUUACACUUAUUUCCAUCAGCCAUGCAACCCAAUUAAUAAAAUGGCUGGUGCAUAGAAAGGAGUCUUCCUUCUAAUUAUACCAAACUUGGAAUGCACUUUAUGGUAAAUAUAGUCUUUAUAACCUGUCUUUAGAGAUAUUAGACACACUUGCAUACAGGACUGAAGAAAUGGGGUUUAUAUAAUAAUAAAAUAAAUAAUAAAUAAUAAAAAAAAUAAUAAUAAUAAUAGUCUCCUAGGAAAGAGGUGGAAAGUGAAAAAAGAGAGAGCUCUAUUAUUGCUAAUUAUUGUUCGGUGCAUCUUUGUCAAGAAGAUGCCUUGAAGUGGCAAAUAAACCUGCCAAAUAGCCUUCCUCUUUCAAAACUAUCUGUCUGCAACAUUGAAAUAAAGUUUAAACAGUCCAUCAAGAGCUGAAUAGAAAGUAUGCAGUAGAAGGAUAGAUUUCCUCUUCUAUUUUAAUCAGAAGCUGCCAGACUCUUCGUCCUCAGGUUUAAUUACUGCAAUAUAACUAAGGAAAGAAGAGACUCAAAACAAUGCAAAGCAUUUCAGGUUGGGAAAUAGUGGCCCAUGGCGCAUAUGUGCCAAGUAAUCCUCAAAUAGAUUUUCUUUUUUCUUUCUUUUUUAUAAGAGCUAUUUACAAGAAAAGCAAUAUUCGACUAGGAAAGCCCGUGCUAUAAAAACAAGAAUAAAAAAUAAAUUAGAAGGCAAGAACUCAUGUGCGCAAUACAUGCCAAGUUAAAAAAAGACCGAGAUAACAUAUAUGAGGUAAGAUCAGCUAAAAUCAGGAAGAUAUUGAAUGACAUCACUUGUUUGCAUCUACCAACUACAAAAUAUUCAGCUCAGAUAUAAAUACACACCACCACUCUCUUUAUAUAGUUUAUAUGUUAUAUAUGUGUAUGUGUGUAUAUAUGCGUGCUGAUACAUUCAUAUUCUACAUGUAUAUAUAGGUGUGUAUGUAUAGAAAGAAUUUCUAGUUUGACUAUACACAUUCGUUUUAUAUAAUAUAUAUAUAGUAUAUAUAAUGCAGAUACAUACAUGCAUACACAGAUAUAAUAUGUUUUCAAAAUAUAAACUCUUUGUACUCUCUCUUUCUCUCUCUCUCUCUCUCUCUCUCUCUCUCACACACACACACACACACGCACACACACACACACGGAAUUCUAAUAUGUGUGUUGAAAAUAUAAACACUUUCUCUCUACUCCCACUUAUAGAAUGCUAAAAUGUAUAUUCAUACUGCACAGGAACAUCAAGUAAACACUUCUGACCUAUAUUAACUUUUGGUGUACGUUAAAAGCACCCAGACACAACCUGUAUUUAUGAAAAAGCAGAUUUCUACAUCCAGGCAAUGCACUGGCUAACAGAGUGUGAUUGCUUUUGACUACAUUUGUGCUAUCAGCCUCAACUGGUCAUUCUGACUGUACCAAACAACAAACCCAUUCCCUCUUAAAACAAACAAACAGGCGUCUAAAUUUGCAUUCAGGAUCUAAGCAGAAUAGGAACCUGACAGUAGCAUUUUAUUAAGGCUGUAGGGUGUUGGGGGGGGGGGGGGGGGAAGAGAUUUGGGUUUGUUUCCUUUCAGUAAUUAGUGGGGAUAGAAAACACAUGUGUUGGGAUUGAAUUUUUUGAAGCCUUUUUCUAAAUCAGUUCAUCAAUUCGCUAAUUAUGGCUGGGAGAGAAAAAAAUUUCUCCCUAUACAUAUUUUUUCUUUCCCCCUCUGUGAACAUCAGAGUGGGGAGAGGGGUAAAUGUGUGUGUGUGCGUGGGGGGAGAUAUGGCUUAUGAGAAGUGGAUGUUAUUUCAGAUUUCUGUGGGCUUUUAUUUUCUGGGAACAAAGAGCAACUGCUAUUAAAGAACUACUCGAAGACUUGUGCAUAUUUCCACUGCUGUGUAGCAGUUUUAAUAAAACAUCUGUUCUUGCUUCUGCUGAUGAGUUUACAUAAUUGUUUGCAGACCAAUUUAACCAGAAAUAGCCCUAGAUAUUUCCCUGUACAUGUUUUCAUGCGGGAAAAUAAUAAAUACCUUUUGCAAGUGACAUACCUUGAUGAAAUACUUUCGAGAAAUCCCAAUACUGGUUAAAAUAUAAAUUGAAUAAAAAUCUAGUGCAUUAAAAACGCUAGACUGAGGAGUUCAAUCAGUAGAACAUAAUCUAAUGAUGCCUCAUUUAUAUUUGCAGGAGUUUUUCUCCCAAGAACCCUGGUUUUUCAGGAGGGAAAGCAUUCUAUUUUAAGUUUCUUUACGGCAGCUGUUUACUGUUCACUAUAAAUCGACCAGACUUUUAAGUCUUGCCCUCUGUUUAGAGAAGUAAUAAAACACUUAACUUUCUCCACUCCUAGUCGCACGGUUAUCAGACAGGUCUUUAAUACAAGAGCCCGGGAGCACCUAUACAAAAAUUAAUCCCUCCACGCCAAGACUUUCCCAAAACUUUAACAAGACUGGGAUUAUUAUAAAUGCAUCUUUAUAGGUGAAAGAAACCACAGGAAUCACACUCACAUAGAAUUAUAUCUGUAUAUCUUCCAAGGAUUCCUGCUACUUUCAAUUUACUCUCCAAGUACAUUUGGACCAUAAGUAACACAUAAGGUAAGGCAACAUACCAAGAGGAAGCAAACGACCUCCAUUCAUUCAUGCAUGCAUGCAUGCAUUCAGUUUAUUGUACAUUGCCCCAGUUUCAUAUCUGGAAGCAGUGCAAUCGUUGGUUUCCAAAGUAACCAUGGUUUCAAAUGAGAUUGUUCCUAUAGGACAUAUAAGUACAUACAUAUAUUUACAGUUAUAAUCUAUAUAACAUAUAUGUAUCUGUAGACACAUGCAUCUGCAUGUGUAUGUGACUGGGUGUGCAAUAUGUCAACACCAGGGGGAUAGCAUAUGUAGUUUUUUUGUUCCGUUUUGUUUUGUUUCCAUAAAUCCCCACGUAUAAUGGCUGGGGAAGAGGGAGAAGAGUGGGGAGACAAGAAACCAAACUAAACUUCGUUUUUUGGAAAAUACCAGUAAAUCGUCACAUUGGGCAUAAUUCGUAUAUCUGUACUAGGCUGGUCACAAGUUGAACACUAUAGAGUGGGAGCCAAAGUAUGGUCAGCAACAAGGCACAUGUGCUAAAUAACAUGGUGUGUACUUCCAGCUAUCUUCAUUUUGGUCAGAAACUUUAUUUUAUUUUCCUAGUGACACUCAAGGGAAGCCUUAAUGUUAUAGAAGAUGAAUACACGAGCUUUUUUUUUUUUUUUUUUUCAGUUGUAGUCUCGUUUAUGGCUUUAUUGCCACCAUUGAUUACUUUGCUUUGUUACACAGAGGAAAAAGAUCAUAAAAUCCUUUGGCAUCCGGGUUCCUGUUAUAGCUAGGGGGGAAAUAUAGCUUUCCCCCUCUUCUUUGUCAACUAAAAUGUUUUAGGGGAGACAUCGCUAAAAAGGAAUUAAAUGUACUGAGUAAUAGCAAGAAAACACCUUCAGAUGUUCGAAUUUUUACCCUGCAACUUUGAAAGCCUGCAUCUCACCAGACCACUCUACACAAAUCCUAAAUUUGAAGAAAAAGGCCAAGGGUUUCCUGGCAUAAUUGAAUUUUUAAAUAGCAAGCCACGAGAAUGAUGAAUAUACCUUGCAAUAUUUACAGAUCAGCAGGUAUGUUUUACAUUUAAGGAGCAAUUUAUGGGACUGGAUUGAAAUUAAAAUUAGAUUAGCUGCCUUCAUUUCAAUUAGUUCUAGGUGCAAUUCACCAAGACAAGAGAUAAUAUAAUCCUCUUUAAUCUAACCAAAUAUUUGCAAAGGAAGUUUCCUAAAUCUGUUGUAAAUAUGUGAAACCAUAAAUUUCUGUAAACGUAAACACGAGGUGCUGUCCUCAACCAAGACCUCAAAAUGUACUUAAAUUGCAAAUAGGAAAAGUGUGAGUUUUGUUGCGGUUGCUGUUGAAAAUGUAAAUAUAUUCUAACAGUACCAACCAAUGAAAAUUACAAAGGGAAAUAUUCAGGACAGGAAUGUCAAACUGUACUAAAAGAGAACAUCUAACUUCCAGACUAACGUGAAUUCGGAAUGUUGUCUCUUUUUAUUGCAACUUCCUUCCAAAUCCAUAGUUCAGGAAUGUUCUAAAAGCCACAUUAUCAGUUGAGCAGUCGCCAUGUCUUUUUUCUUUUUGCUCGCUUUAUGUAAUAUUUUCUCAUAAAGAACACAACCACUUGAUUCCAUAAUAUUGACCAAUGCUCCAUGAGAAAACGAAGAAAGAUGGAUAAUUUAUGAAUUAAUCUUCUGUGGGCACCUGAGAUGUAUUACUUUGAAUUCUGGGCUAUUUUGUUAUCAGAUAUCAGGAAACCAUAAAAAAUUCUGUGCUUCAAAAGCUCAGUGUUGAAAAAAAAAUAAUAAAAGAGAGAGCGAGCGAGAGAGAGAAAGUUAGAUUUGGUUGUGAAAUUUCAAAUUUAAUUCAGAUGUGUUUUUUCCCUAAGAGCCCCCCCCCUUUAAAAUCUCCCCCCACGCACUUAAUAUUUGCUCUCCUUCUUCUAAGCCAUCUUAUAUUUAGAAUUUUCAAGACUUACUUUCAAUGCAUACUUAGUUUCAACUGGGGAAUCAACACAAGCAAAAGCAAUUUUUCCCUUUCUUGACAUCUAGCUUCCUAUUGGCUCAAACCAGGUCAGCUGACUUUGUCAUUUUGUCUGUCCUGGAGUAGAGCCUUCCCUAUAACAAUCUAGUUCAGACUACAAACUGGAGACAGAAAUAAAUAUUAAAGAAAUCAUACACCCAGGUAUAGAGGAAGAUAUGAAUUCCUAUUUUACAAACCCAUCGUUAUCUUGCCAUCUAACCAGUGGCCAAGAUGUGCUACCCAAUGUAGCUCUCAAUUCAACGGCUUAUGACCCCGUCAGGCAUUUUUCUACCUAUGGAGCAGCCGUUGCUCAAAACCGGAUUUACUCUUCUCCUUUUUAUUCACCGCAAGAUAAUGUUGUGUUUAGUUCCAGCCGAGGACCAUAUGACUAUGGAUCUAAUGCUUUUUACCAAGAAAAAGACAUGCUUUCUAGCUGCAGGCAAAAUUCUAUGGGACACAAUACACAGACUUCAAUUGCACAGGAUUUUACCAGUGACCAAAACAGGAACACUUCGCAAGAACAAAAAACUAGCAUUCAAAUAUAUCCAUGGAUGCAGCGCAUGAACUCCCACAGUGUUUGCUUUGUUUCUGAAUCUCUAGGAGUCGGCUAUGGAGCGGAUCGUAGAAGGGGUCGUCAGAUCUAUUCCCGCUACCAGACCCUGGAACUGGAAAAGGAAUUCCACUUCAAUCGCUACUUGACAAGGCGGAGGAGGAUUGAGAUCGCCAAUGCACUUUGCCUAACGGAGCGUCAGAUCAAAAUCUGGUUCCAGAACAGGAGGAUGAAAUGGAAAAAAGAAAGUAACUUGAGUUCCACUCUGUCUGGGGGAGGAGGCGCAGGCGCUGGGGCAGCUGCAGAUAGCUUGGGUGCAAAGGAAGAGAAGCGAGAAGAGACAGAGGAGGAAAAGCAAAAGGAGUGAAAAUUGACGGCUCAGCCCCUCAUGCCCCCCCCACUCCCCACCCCCACCCCUCCCCACAUACACGCUAUAUUUAUCACUGGCACAAGUUAUAUGUUUGGCUACAUUAAAAAAAAAAAAAGAGCCAAACGUGGACAUGAAAGACAGACCUUCCCCCACUCUCACCCCCCAUUCCCCAAUAUUCAGUUCAGAACUUGCUCCACAAUCCCUUUUAGGUUUUGAGUAUAAACCCUCACCUACCCCCCAUCUUGCCUAUUUAUCUAACUUUGAACACAGGUUUCUUCCUAAAAAGAAAUUGGCUUGCAGGAGGCAGAACACCCUGUAGUGUUGCCUAGUUGUGUUGGGAUGAUCCUUGUAAGAUGGACUCUAUGCAGUUGUUUUAUUAUUAUUAUUAUCAUCACCAUCAUCCAGAAAACGAAUUUCCCACCAUAUUGAAAAUAAUUCCCUGAAAUCUCUUUCCACGUAAAUAUAGCAUUUUCAAGAGUAACCUAAUUGUAUUUAAACAAUACCUGGGCUCAUCAUUGCAAACUGUGACAGUUUAUGUGUGAAUAUUUUUAGCUGUAUUUGUGGUAUCUGUAUUUAUAUUUAUGUUUAGCACUGUAAUGUUCAACAGUAUAAAGUGAAUGGAGGUCUAUAGCAGUAGAAAAAAACCAAACCUUGUGUUACACCCUCUCAUGUAUAAAGAUCAUGUCCAGAGGACUAUUGUUGAGUAUUUAAUAAAACUGAAUAUUAUUUUUAAAGUUUA